GAAUACGACUUGUCAGGGUUCCUUCUCAAUUGAAAGCCCUUCGACAUCCACCAGCACCAUCAACAGCCCUACGAUUGAAAUUGAACACGCCUAUAGAUAAAACUUUGCUUAGAAGUCAUACAAGUCUGACUGUUCAUAAUGGCUCCUACUUCCCUCGAAAAUACCGUUCAUUCUGAUUCCGUGUUGCCGCUGAACGGGAAGGGUGGCGUAACCGAACAAGUAAAGGAGAACGAGAAGAUCGAAUUGAAGCUCGCAGACGAGUACGGAGCUCCAGACAGCUAUUUGGAUGCCGAGAAGGAUACGCUAUGGUACCACUGGGUCGGUAGCAUUUAUAGGAAGCCGCUGCGUUUCGAGGCCAAAAGCGGAAAAUAUGUCAUUGUCUUGAAGACGGAGCCUCAUGCAGACCUUGGCAAGCAUCGCCAUCGAGGAGAGGUUCAGGCCUAUACUGUCUCGGGGCCAUGGGGCUAUCAAGAAUAUGAUUGGACGGCCAAGGCUGGUGACUAUAUUGUCGAGAAUCCGGGCACGAUUCACACAUUGUACAUGGGGGCAGGCUCCGAGGUCGUCUUCAUGGUGUUUGGUUCGAUUGAGUUUUUCAAUGAUGAUGAUUCGCUGCGCGAGAUCAUGGAUGGCUUCAGCUUCUGGAGGAUGUACCUGGAGCAUUGCGAGAAGCAUGGCAUUACUCCGAACAAGAAGCUGUGGUACUAGCCUAGCAAUGUGGAAUGGCAUCUAUGUGCGUGGUCGUCAUUGCCUGUCAAUUUUUGACCCUGCUCCUUGGUUGAUC